AUAUUAUUAAAGAAAACAAAUUAAAACAAUGGAACCAUAUUACAACCACCUCAAGCAAGCCCUCCGAUCCCUCCUCGCCGCCGCCGUCCGCCUCCGUGACACCACAUUCAAAUUCUUCACCGCCGUCGCCGACACCCUCUUCUCCCUCUACUUCGCCUCCUGCAGCAUGCUCCCAUGCACCGUCGACCUCGACGACGACGACGCCGCGACCACCACCGUCCACUUCUGGAUCCCCGGCCACCGGAAAUCGACCCGGCCGGCCCUCGUCCUCAUCCACGGUUUCGGCGCCAACUCGCGGUGGCAGUUCUACUACCAAGUCCGCCACCUCUCCCGGCACUUCAACCUCUACGUCCCCGACCUUCUCUUCUUCGGCCGGUCCUACUCCGAGAAUCCGGACCGGUCGAUCGAGUUCCAGGCCGGCUGCGUGGCGGCGGGGCUGAGGAAGCUCGGGCUGGAGAGGUAUAGCGUGGUAGGGCUGAGCUACGGCGGGUACGUGGCGUACCGGAUGGCGGAGGUCCACGUGGCGGCGGUGGAGAAGGUGGUGAUCAUUAGCUCGGGGAUUCAUUAUACGGACGAGCAGAAGGAGGAGCAGAUGAGGAGGAUUGGUGGGGAAGGGAUUCGGGAUCUGCUGCUGCCGAAGAAGCCUGGGGAUGUGAGGAAGAUGAUCAAGCUUGCUUUGUACAAGUCACGUCGGUACAACUUGGCGCCCGAUUUUGUGCUCCAAGGCUUCAUCAAGGGAAUAAGUAACAAUCACAAGAAGGAGAAACUAGAGUUGGUGGAUCACUUGAUGAAGAAAGCAAAUGCAAAACCAGCCCGUAUAACUCAGGAAACUUUGCUGUUAUGGGGUGAGAAGGAUAAUGUUUUCCCAUUGCAUUUGGCCUACCAACUUCAAAGCUAUUUGGGAGCAACAGCAAGAGUGGAAGUACUGAAGGACACUGGGCAUGGCGCGAACAUAGAUUCCCCGGAGGAAGUGAACAGAUUGAUAACAUGGUUUGUUUCAUCGGCCAAAUCGUAAUUGAUAAGUGGUGAAUUAGCUAUACUUACGAUGAUAAUUAUAGUUAUUAAGACCUAAUUAAGUUAAUUACUUUCCAAGAAGCUGGAUGUAAGUACCUUAGUUACUUGUGUGCCCAGUUGGAUGUGUAUGACAAAUCAACACAGAUGAAAUAAUUACUUCCAUUCCAACUGUAUAUUAAUAUUAUGUAAGAAUAAGAGUGAAAAAUUGAUUGACAUCUUGGGCAAUCAAGUUAACAAACACAGCAUGGGUUAGAGAGAGCCAAAAAGGUAAGGGACAAGUCAUGGAGAGAUGGAGUGUACAGACAUUAGGAGGGAUGGUUAGCCAUACACAUUUUCUCUCUUCUCUUCUCUUCUGGACCAAGGGACCACGGCGUCCUUAUCCAGGCUGACUCAAGACCUGUUCGACAGCCGUUGUCGCUAGGACCGCAAAUGAAUCUAGUUGUUAGCACGAUACUCGGAUUGGGAAGAGCUCAUUCAGGACUUUGUUCGUUAGAAAACGAGUCCAGUUUGAGAUUUGAUUCUGCUUGGCUUGUUUGGCGUGUAAAUAUUUAACGAAAGUAGUGAUUCUAAUUUUGCGUCAAACGAUAUGUUUAUGAGUUUAUCCUUCACCAAUUAAGUUGAAAAGUAUAACAAUUGAUACAAAAAGAAAACAUUUAUUGGUACUGGUAAUGCUAUUUGGUGGAACAAAAUCAUUACAUUUACAACUCUGGAGAUUAAAAAAAUAUCUAAUAAAUCAAAGUAUAAUCA